AUGACCGAACUGGUGGCGCGAACCCUUCCGUCUCCGUCAGGUGUGCAGAGUCCCGGACCGGACACUUAUAAAGGAUGGCUUUUUAAAUGGACCAAUUACCUCAAGGGAUACCAGCGCCGCUGGUUCGUCCUGAGCAACGGCCUCCUGUCAUACUACAGGACCCAAGCAGAAAUGGCACACACCUGUCGUGGCACGAUUACGUUGGCAACAGUACACAUAGAAGUGGGCGAUACCUGUCAUUUUGUUUUGACGAGUGGAGGGCGGAGCUAUCACUUGAAGGCCUGUUCGGAGGGGGAGUGUCAGCGGUGGGUUUCUGCUCUGCAACAGGCUAAAGCAAAUGCCACUCAAAUGAUGCAUCAAUCAGAUGACUCUGGUGAUGAGGGUCCACUGUCCCAGCCUGACCGAGCGCUGAUCCAAGGAGCACUUAAAAAUCUGGGCAGUAAACUCGAUGACCUCAGCACCUGUAAUGAGCUUAUAGGGAAGCAUGGUGCCGCCCUCCAGCGAUCCCUUAGUGAACUAGAGGAUCUGCGUGCCACCAUUGACGGCGCAGAUAAACUGAAGACCGUCAACGAACGAGCCACUCUCUUCCGCAUCACCUCCAAUGCUAUGAUCAAUGCCUGCCAGGACUUUGUGGAUCUAGCGGAAGCGCAUAGCCGGCGGUGGCAGCGUGCACUGCAGUAUGAGCGGGAACAGCGCCACCAUCUGGAGGACACCAUUGAGCAGCUAGCCAAACAGCACAACAGUCUGGAAAGAGCCUGGAGAGAAUCACCCAGCACACACAACAAAGAUUCAGAGAGAACGGCCGAGGGAGAAUCUAGUGAAGAAAAUGACGACAUAGAGUUUUUUGAUGCAAUGGAAGAUUCUCCAGCUUUCAUCACAGUGCCCGCGGACGAUCAGAUAAAGCACAGACACUUGAGCAGCAUGACGAGUGGAAGUUUAUCCAGUAACUGGAGCCAGGAGGACAAUGAUAAUUCAAGCACAUACUUGCGUAGGGGCAGACGUUGUCGCAUCCCAGACAAGCCCAACUAUUCCCUAAACCUCUGGAGCAUCAUGAAGAACUGUAUCGGCAAGGAGCUCUCCAAGAUUCCCAUGCCUGUGAACUUCAACGAGCCGCUGUCGAUGCUACAGCGCUUGACGGAGGAUCUGGAGUACAGUGAGCUUUUGGACCGGGCGGCUCGCUGUGACUCCUCCCUGGAGCAGAUGUGUUUGGUGGCCGCCUUCUCUGUCUCAUCCUACUCCACCACCAUCUAUCGCACGGGAAAACCCUUCAACCCGCUCUUGGGAGAGACCUACGAGCUGGACCGCUUGGAGGAGUACGGCUAUCGCUCCAUUUGUGAGCAGAUAAGUCACCACCCCCCAGCGGCAGCCCAUCAUGUGACAUCACAGCAUGGCUGGACCCUGUGGCAGGAGAUCACCAUCGAUAGCAAAUUUCGUGGCAAAUACAUUUCUAUAAUGCCGCUAGGCAGUAUUCACCUGAAGUUCCACUCGAGUGGAAAUCACUAUGUGUGGAGUAAAGUGACCUCCACUGUGCACAAUAUAAUAGUGGGCAAGCUGUGGAUUGACCAAUCCGGAGACAUUAUAAUAGCCAACCACAGGACCAAGGACACGUGCCACCUCAAAUUCUCCCCAUACAGCUAUUUUUCCAGGGAUGUUCCCCGCAAGGUAACGGGCGUAGUGACGGACAGCGAAGGCACCGCCCACUACAUCCUAUCAGGAACGUGGGAUGAUAAAAUGGAAAGUGCAAAGAUCAUCGAGAGCAGCCAUGGAUGUGGAGGAUCUGAGGGCAAGCAGAAAACCGUCUAUCAAACGUUACCAUCAAAACUACUGUGGAAGAAAUAUCCUCUGCCCGAGAAUGCCGAAAACAUGCAUUACUUCUCAUCUCUGGCCCUGACACUGAAUGAGCCAGAGGACGGUGUGGCCCCGACCGACAGCCGACUGCGGCCCGACCAGCGCCUGAUGGAGGCGGGUCUGUGGGACGAAGCUAAUGCUGAGAAACAGCGUCUGGAGGAGCGACAGAGGAUAGAGAGGAGGAAGAGAGAGGCACAGGCCAACCUGGCACUACAGGAGGGCAGGGAGGUGGAGAGCUAUCAGCCCUUGUGGUUUGAGAAAAGGACUGAUUCAGAGACAGGAGACAGCACUUACAUGUACAGAGGAGGAUACUGGGAGGCCAAAGACAGACAGGACUGGAGUCAGUGCCGUGCCAUCUUUUAAAGCCUCUCCUAUUAUUUCCAACAACUGACUGACCCAUGAUCUGUAUCAGGAAUGCUGCAUACCAAUGCUUCCAAGUGAAAAAUGUGGAAUAUAGAAAAAAAAAAUGUUUUAAGCACAAUAGAUGGAGGCACUUUAUUCCACAUCAAUCAGACUGAUGGACAGCAAUCACAUGCAUUACUAGAGGAAUGUAACAUAAGACUGCUGGAAGAUUUAUCUCAGUUUGCAUUUGUUUCAGGACAAAUGUAUGAUGUUCAAUUAUUUCACUGUUUAAUGACGUUGUUGCAGUCUUACAGAGCACACACUAUUUCUGAAGUAUGCAGAUUGAAUCCCUUAUUAAGACUGUGUUGUUCCAUUGAGAUAAAGUAUAGAUAAGGUGCAUAUGUAGUUCACAUACAGUAGUACAGACAUCGUCCACAUGCAACCUAGAUAGAAAUGAGAUCAGUGAAUCGAUGUUGCUUCUACUAAAUAACAAGCUAAAUCAUUAGAUGUCAGAUUUUUAUCCAAUAAUCUAUUUUAUGGCAGUCCAUUUAGGCAUUUAGUACAAGUGUUAUGUUCUGUUAUUGUGUGGGUGUGGGACAAAUUAUGACUUAAUGGACAUUAUAAUGAAACGUGUCCAUAUAAAGUCCUAAGUAAAUGUUUGCAAACAAACUAAAAACAUCCAGUAAUUUAAUUUCAUAUUUAUUUAUUUAAGCAGAUGAACAAUUUAAUGACCCAUCUGCAGGUUAGUACAUUAGUACAAAAACAUGAUUGCAUAGUUUUUAUAACAAUUAUGCAAAUCAAGCUAAAUUUAGUGUGUUUGCAAACCUUUGCUAAUUGCUUUAUUGUCUAUAUCUAGCAUUUUGUGGUAGCAAUACUUCCUAGUUUUCACUUUUACCUGUUAGAUUUCCUGAAUUUAUGCUGCAAGAAACAGUAAUGUAAAAUGUUGACCAUAAACUGUACACAGUGAGAAG